GCGCUGCUCAACCUCUGAGAUGUUACUCCAGACACCGUACCGCCGUGUCUGUAUCUCGCACGCCUGCGCACGCGGCAGAGCGACAGCGGCACCACCCUCGUCGGGCGCCGACGAAGCGUGCUCGCGGGUCGCCGCUCCGUCGACCGACGGCCGAGACACUUGCUCCGACGCCGCCCCGCCCCCGCCCCGCCGCGUCGCCGGCCGCAGGCCAAGGAGCUCGGCUCCUCGAGAGCACCGACGGACGACGAUCGGCUCCUCAGCAGUGCGACGCCGAGCUGGAGGCUCGGCCGGGAGCUCGCGCGGGCGCGUGGAGCUUUCCGCUCGGGCCAGCAGGAAACGGGCGCCCCGCACAGCGACGCCCGCCGUAGAGUGCCGAGAGCUCGGCUCGACGCGAGCGCCGAGGAAAAGCGAUGUUAA